UGUUCAUUAACGCAUGUUGGUAAUUUAAAUAACACUCUUAGCGUCUAGUCACAGUUGUUAGGUUGUCUUAAUCUCACGCUUGUGUUAUUGCUGUUUAGUGUCGAUUGCCUUUAUAAAUAAUUGUUCAAUUUUCGUCUUGUUUUUUCUGUUCUAGUUUCUUCUACACACUGCUCUCCACAACUACUCAGUACACAACCUAUCAAAAAUUGUAAAUUUCACCAGAUGGCCAUUUCACCUCGUCUUAUUGAAUAUGGUUUGAGAGCUGCUGGGAUUGUCACUGCUGUUUUAUGCUUUUCAAUGGGAGUUGUUUGCAUGAUCUCAAUAUCAGCGCAGUGCAUUAUUGGUGGACUUUUCCUAAUGUUAGUUUUAUUUCAAGCCAGUGUUGUGUUUUUAUCAUCGUUAAAUUAUUGCUCAAUUCAUUCUGUAGUUUAAUUCCAUAAAGAUAUCACACUGUAGUAUGGGGAGAUUCUAGUUCUGACCAGGACCUAAUAUUAAUUUAAUUGGUAUAGUCGUCAUAAUAUUUGAAGCCCCAAUAUGUUGUUCCAUGAUACCUCAAUUGCAUAAAUUCAAUGAAUUCAUUGAAAAACGAUCCCCAAUUGAAAAGUCGAUUUUCUAUGGAAUUGCAGCCAUUUUACCAAUGAGUUUAUGUUUUGGAAUUUCUACACUUUUUUGUGGAUUAGCUUUAGCUGGAUGUUGUGCAUUUAAUGUCUGGAGGAUUUUUAAGGAAAGACGCAGUGGACAAGCAAAUCCAGUUGGCGUUGGUUCUGAACAUCAUACUCAAUACGCUGCAGGUGAAUCACAACCUCCAACAUUUCAAGGUGGAUAUGGUGAGCAACCAGGAUUUCGGGAUCAUUUAAUCGAAAAAGCUGCUGUCGGUGCAGUAAAAGGUGUGAUUGGUGGUCCGGGCAGUGGUGGUUAUCCAGGAACGGGUUAUUCGGGUACUUAGUUAUUCUUUUGAAUCAGUUGGUUACCAUUUAUCUCCUUCUUAGAUAAUAAUUACGUUUUAUGCUUUCGUUUUCUAUCAUGCAAAUGAGUUACAUUCCAUUUAUGCUUUCUUUCGUUGUAUUAUUAUCUUAUAAAUGGCGAUAUAUAUAUAUAUAUAUAUAUAUAUAUAUAUAUAUAUAUAUAUAUAUAGUGGCAUUUAUUAUAGUCGUUUGUUUUGCAUUACAUCUAUUUAAUUGUAUUUUGUGGUACUUAACUCUACUAUAUUGUUUAUCAAAAUACCACACUUGUUUUCGAAUCUCAAUUUAACUAAGUGAUACUUUGUUAUUGUCAACUUUUUUCAUUUCUAUAACUAUUCUAAUUGUCGUAAAUUGACUACUUCAAUGAUUAUUUUCAUUAAAAACUAAAGAUUGUUCAGGAGAAUUGUCGUUAAAGGGUCACUCUAAAGCUUAGUAUCCUUCACUAAAUUGUCGAUGAAAUUCUACGAAUAAGAUAUGGAUAGUUGUACAUCAACUUAUUUGACGUUCUAUAAUUUGUCGACAGUUUUGUGGAUGAUAUCAUUUUAAAAGAGACUACCUAUCGAUAUAUUUUUGCGGCACGUGAUAUUAUUAUUGAUAUAUUUGUUUGUAUGUUUUAAAUGACUUAUUUCCAUACAGGAUUAUUUAUAUCAUUGCGCUCUAAGAACUAUUUGUCUUCGUCUCUUUGUGUCUAUCAGUGUUUCACACACGUUUAUUGUCAAAUCUAUGCUUUGGCCGAAACUGUCAUUGUUAGAAUUACUUUUACCACCACUACUAUUAAUUGUAUUGUGAUUGCUUUCCUCAUUAAAAACAUUUCUUUGAAAAUUAUCAUUAUUUGAGCUUAUUCUAGUUUAUUAGAAAUGUAUGUGUACUGCUAGCCAUACCAUGCUGUAAUGCUUCUUAUGACAGUGUACGAGUUGUGUAGUAGCUCAGUUUUUCUGUAAUGAAUAUUUUAUAAAUAGCCUGGCAAGUAAUAUUCAGUAUUUCAAAAGUACACAGUGGUCUUUACUGAUGCUCUUAAAAGUAUCGUAUAUUCACUUACUGAGAGUGAUAAAAUGGAUCUAAAUUCUAUUUGGUUCACGUUUCACACAUCUAUUAAACUAAUCUACAUAAUAAAUGCAACCCAGGCUUUUUAUGUUUCUUUGAUUUGUACUGGUGUAAAAUAUAAUACGAUAUGCAAAGUCUUCAGACUUAUGAUGUUGCCAUUCUGCUUCCAAAUAAAAGUGAGAAACUAAAUAGUAUUCAGACUUUGAUGAAAUUUUAAACUAAAAUUUCUCGGGAAGGUGAGACCCAUACCCCCGAUUCAGUAUUCGAAGUUGCCUUUCCGUCUUACACAAUAAACAGAAAACCUAGACUAUCUCACUUGUUCCAAAGAUGAUGUAAGCUUUUGGUUUGUCUGAUGAGAGUCGUCAAAUGACUAGGAUUCGAAACUGUUAUAAUCUCUUUCUUACGGUUAUGACCCAGCUAUUCCUAUUGCUUAGUAUUCUCGGACACCGAUUAACUCAGCAAGUCCCCAAAUCAGAACACGGCUGAACAGGAAAGAGAUUAUAUCCCAAAUAACAAGGUUAGAUGGAAGUAAGAAGCACAAUAGGGAAAACGUUAGUAUAUUUAUAGUUUUUACACGAGAAGAUUUCAGAGUAUUCUUCAAGUACCGACUAGUGCUGAUUGGAUAAGAAUUAGCCAAUCAGCGUACACCAAAGCAAUCGUGCAUUGAGCAUGCUUUAAUCCAGUCUAUGUCCCGCUAACAGGAACGUGUUUGACUAAUUGACUCAUUAUUGAGAACAACAUUUUAGGAUAAAAGAAAUACACCCCAAACAAUUUUGUAUAAAUGUUGGUGGGAUAUAGAUUGGAUUAGAGGAUGUUCCGCUCAUGAUUGUGUUUGAUCACGCUGAUUGACCACUUCUUAGCUAAUCAGUGCUAGCCGAUAAUUGAAACAUGCUCUAGAAUCUUCUGUAAGAUUAUAAAUAUGCUAACGUUUUUCCUAUAGUGAUUUCUACUUCCACUCAACCUUGUUUCAUUCGGAAUAUAAUUACGUCCCUGUUCAGUCGUGCUCUGAUUUGGGGACUUGUUGAGUGAAACAAGUUAUCCGAAGAAUACUAAGCAAUGAAAGUAGCUGAAUGGUAAUAAGAGAGAUCAUAACAAUAAUCGAUUGAUUCGCUCAUAAGACUUUGUUUUUCCAGUACCCUAGUUCGAUGAAUGAGACUAAUAGCUAAAAUACCUAGAGUCUAAAAUGAGGAUAAUUUAUCUUUAAAACCGUAUGUAUACCAGAACUAAAUAAACAUAGUGAAAGUAGGAAUCCCUGCUUAACACCAUGUUACCCGGGAUUUUUUAAUGGUAGGUUGCUAUGAGCUCUGAUGAUAACAAGUGUCGGAUUUUAUCUCUCUUUUUGUUUGCUAUACCUUUCAACACAUCUUUUAUUGACGGAUAUUGUUUCAACUAUGUUGAUCAACAAUGCCAGAUACUGCCUUCACUUCUACGAACAACUGGAGUCAGGCGUUUGUUAAUGCACCUGCUCCAAGAUAUAUCAUGGUUAAACAUUUAGCUGAUAUGUUUAUUCCCGAGUUUAAACAAGCUUGGUUUGUUUUGAGAUUAACUCACCUGGGUUACAUUUGGUUUUCAUGUUAUUGUGGAAACUAAUAUGCUAAACACUACGUAACUCAAACUGAUACAUAUAACAGUGCCAUCCUUUGUGCAAUGACUAAUGGUUGACAUCAUUCUAAUGGAAUAACAUUAAGGUUUCUAAAUCUUGCUAACAACUAAGCCAAAUCAUCCACCUUAACCACUGGAGUCAAUCUAUUAGGAUUACUGCUCUCUCAUUUAAAAUAAUUUAUAACCUUUCUUACAUCCCUGAAAGUUGAAGGUUUGAUUUUAACGUCCUAUUUAGGUUACUUAUAAAACAAUUCGAAAUCAGUUGAACUACUAAAUCCGCCUAUACAUCUAUGAUUACUGCCGGUCUCAAGUCCGAAUAAAGGAGGGUGGUUGGGCAUGGUGUCAGUAACCCCACUUCUUAAAAAACAACCUUGCUAAAAAGCACUAAUAAAAUAAAUAAUUUAAAUCUUUUGAACACUCCCUUGGGAGUUGAAGGGUCUUCAUUCAGAAGAAUUUUGACACCUAAUGAGGAAAGCCGAAGUUCUUUAGCAAUCAUGAGGUUUGUGCCCCUUCUAACAACCGGAGCAGUAAUUAAUAUAGGUACAUGGAAUGUCCGGAUAGUAUGGGAGACUAAGAGGAUCAGUUAAAUCGCUACGGAAAUGAGGAGAUAUAACUUGGCAGUGCUCAGAAUAAGUGGAACCCGUUGGAUACAAGCUGGACAGUAAAGAUUAUAUUCGAGAGAGAUGCUGUUGUACUCUGGUCAUGAAGAAGAAAAUGCGAGGCACACAAGGAUUUCCACUGAUUCUGUCCAAAGAAUCACGAAAAGUACUUACAGGAUGCAAACCUCAUGGAUCUAGGAUCAUCUAAGCAUCAUUCAAAACAAUGAAGAAGGGAAUCACAAUGCAUGUUAUUCAAUGUUAUGUAUCAACCAAUGAUAACAACGACAAGGAUAAAGAUCAGUUUUAUGAGAGGCUACAGUCAAUCGCAGAGAAAUGCAUAGGAAAGUACCUGACCAUCCUGAUGUGAAACUUAAACGCCAAAGUCGGGAUGGACAACAUCGAGUAUGAAGAUAUCAUGGGACGACUGACUGGGAGAAAGAAAAGAGAAUGACAAGUGAUGUGCAAUUUUAUGUGCAUUCAAUAAAAUGGUUAUAGGUGGCACUUUAUUCCCACACAAACGCAUUCAAAAAACUACAUGGGUCUCACCGGAUCACGCUAUACAGAUUCAGACCAGUCAUAUUUGUAUCGCUAAAAAUUUCAGAAGGUCAAUGGAAGACGAAAACCAAGAGAGGAGCUGACAUAGCUACAGAUCACCACCUGAUGGUUGCCAGCAUGAAACUGAAGAUAAGGAAUCAAUAGACAACUAGAGAAAUAGCAUUACAAAGUUUCAAUACAGCCUUCUUUCAAGAUACAAACUAAACCAAUUCAAGACAACUCUUGAUAACAAGUUCCAAGCCUUACAAGAUCUACUGAAUGAAGAAACUAUCAUGGAGGACUAUUCGAAAGGGAUCAAAUAAGUACUAACUUUAACGUGUUAGGAGGUGCUGGGCUGCAACAAGCACCAUCAUAAUGAAUGGAUCUCUAUAAAAACCCUAGACAAGAAAGGAAGAACAAGAAAACAGCAAUUAGCAAAGGUCGAACGAGAGCAGAGAAAGUCAAGGCACAGAACGAAUACACAGAAAAAACAAGCGAGUGAUGACGAGCAUCAGAACUGAUAGGCAUUAAUACGUGGAAGACCUAGCAACGACAGUGGAUACAGCUGGAACACAAGGAAAUAUGAGACAGAUAUAUGACACAACAAAGAAACUGGUAGGGGAAUUUGGUAAACCAGAGAAACCGGUCAAGGACAAAGAAGGCAAAACAAUCACCGAUAUUCAAAAACAGUGAAACAGGUAGGUAGAGCGUAUUGAUCAAAUCUUGAAUAGACCAGCUCCACUUAACCCACCAGAUGUCGAAGCAGCAUAUACAAACACUCCUAUUUAUGGCACUUCACUAACAAUCGACGAAAUAACCACGAAAAAUGAAGAGUGGGAGAGCAACAUUAUCUGAAAAUAUACCAACUGAAAGGAAACAUAGAAGUAACUGCAAAUAUGCCCGAUGUCCUAUUCAGGAAGAUUUAGGAGGAAGAACAAGUUCUACAGACACACUACCAUCAGCAACCGGUAAAGUUUUCAACAGCGUUGUUGAGUCGAAUGGAAGGUUAAGUAAACGCCCAACUUCGAGAUUAACAGGCUGUAUUCCGUAAGGAUCGGUCGCUCACAGACCAAAUCGUGACACUCCUGAUUAUUAUUGAACAAUCGAUUGAAUGAAGUUCGUCCUUACACAUCAACUUCUUUGUUUAUGAGAAAGCAUCUGACAGUGUGGGUAGAAUAACUUUAUACAACAUUUUCGACACUAUGGUGUAGUUGAGGACGUCAUGAACAUCGUACAGAACUUAUACGAUGGAAUACAGUGCAAAGUCAAGCAUGGAGGACAGCUGAAAGACGCACUCCAAGUGAGGACCGGAGUCAGACAAGGCUGCUUGCUCUCUCUCUUUCUGUUUCUUCUGGUGGUCGACUGGAUUAUGAAGACCUUGUAGCAAGCCUAUUCAACUAUUGUAUUAUUAGUCUACUCACUGUAAUUCAGACACUUAAUUCACUAUGUUAAUUUCUGUGUGUGGAUGAUUGAGUGCGUGUCUGCACAUCAACCUUAAUCUAUUCUCCUAUUGGUUGUAACAUACAGACAAUCAAUAAUUUAUCCACACUUGAUUGACACUGAAAAAUAUAUAUGGAUUUUUAACUCUCACACCCACACAUUCUUGGUUUCACAGUGUGCUUGCUCGCUGUACGCUUGUGGAUUUUAUUUACCUUUAACAAUAAAAUAUCUCUACGACUGGUGUUCAGGCUUCUGAAUAAUCGCGAGUAAAUCUAUAAUUCUACUAGGAGAUUUAGCCUACCUAAAAUACUCAGUUAACGGGAUAUCAUUUAUUGGAGUCAGAUAUAGGGGAAACUAGCCUCAACAACCUCCACAUCUGAGGGAAAGUUUGUAAUGCAAUGGACAGCUUGGAUGGAGUUAGAUGAUUCGGACUUGGUAGAUGACCUGGCUUGUCUAUCCCAUACACAGCAACAAUUGCAGGUCAAGACAGCUAGUGUAGCAGCAGGCUCUGUAGUAGUAGGCUUCAACAUACACAAUCAAAAAUUAAUAUCUUGAAAUUCAACGUACAGAGCACUAACCCAAUCACAAUUUAUGGAGAAGCUCUGGAAAUUUUCACGUACCUGGACAGCAUCAUCGAUAAACAAGGAGAGGAUCUGAUGCAGAUGUGAAUGCAAAGAUUGGGAAAGCAAGGGCAGCAUCCCAGCCAUUAGAAAACAUAUGGGACUCAAGGCAACUGUCAGCCAGCAUCAAAGUCAAAAUCUUCAGUAUGGACGUCAAGACAGCUCCAUUCUAUAGAAAUACUAUAACCAUCAUCAUAAAUGUUCAAAUAUUUACAAACUAUUAUCAACUCGAGAUACUGAAUGUCUAUCAACCGGAUACCAUCAACAAAAACCUAAUUUUAUAGGGAACAAAACAAGCUCCCAGCUGAAGAGGAAAUUAGGAAAAGACGCUGGAGAUGGGUAGUGUAUACGUUGCGAAAAUCAACAAACUGGACCACGUAGCACGCACUAACCUGGAAUUAGGAAGAUAAACGGAAAAGAGGAAAGUCGAAGAACACACUGCGUCACGAGUUGGAAGCAGAUGUGAAAAGGAUGAAUAGCAACUGGAAAGGUUUGCCCAGAACAAUGUUGGUUGGAGUAUCCUGGCGGGUGGCCCAUGCUCCUUCUCGAGUGGUAACAGGCGCAAGUAAGUAAAGUAAGUGAUCUCAGUUUCAGUCAGUCAUAAUCAACAUAGAGCGUGACGCAUCUGCACCAAGCCGAUUAGCCAUACCAUUUCUUCACAGCGAGAAUAAGUUGACGAGAUACAUGGCAAAAGGUUGAGAUACUAGUAGUAGCAAUAAUAGUGAGACAGACUGAUAAUUUGAAGAAUACUGUUCAAAAAGAAUUGUUGGAUUCGAUUAACAGAGGGUGUUAGAUAACACUGUUUCAGUGUUUACUUUAAAAUAAAAUGUGUAUAUAUCUGCGCCAUUACAACCGGUUUUUAAACCUGAUACCCAGCAUCUUCAAACAUGCAGUCUACCCUUACCAAUACGACUCAGUUCAAUAGUCAGUAACUUCUUGCACUGGUAUCAACUGUUGGCUUGGACACUGUUAGGUUCCUCCAUUUUACUAUAUCAGCCAACAUUGCACAUCGAGGUUGGCGGUGGUCGGGCUUCAUAAUACAUAUCCCAGCUACUACUCUUCAAGGCAUUUUUUCUCCAUAGUUUCGCUCGUCUGGUUUGUUACUGAGUGGCUGAGCACUUUUAACUAGAACAAUUUUGCUACUGGAUGCUAUUUAACUUGUUUCUUUGAAAAAAUAUUCACUAAUUUCUUGUUCCAAUGAAAAACGUCACCACUUAUUUUCUUCAAUUAGAAAGUACUCCACCCUUUCAGUCAUAAUUUCUUAUUGAUCCAAUUAAAAACAAAAUUAGUUUUCUUUCAGUCAAUUUUUCUUUUCUAGUUUAUAUUCUUAUGAAUUUUUCAUAAAACGUUUAAAAAUUCUCUACAAGAAAAGUACUUGUCUAAACUAAAUUUUCAAUUAAAUAUUUCUUAAUCAAACAUAAAAUACUUUCAACAUGUGAUCUGAAAGGUAAACUCAAAUUUUUUCCACAAUACAUCAUAAUGGUAUACUGAUUAGUACAGUACAUAUUUUGAUUGUACUAUAAAUAGGAAAGGCGAAAGAUUAUUGGUCACUUUGUGACCCUCAUCCCAUGUCCUUGAAUAAUCCUUUGUUAGCAUAUUAUCAACCUAGUUGUAUUAUCGCAUAUUUUGCAUGUCUUCAUCCCCUAAUAUACAUUCAGUCGUUUGAUCAAUGAAUCUCUCUUUCCAAUAUAUAUUCCAUCGUGGUUUAAGCUAUCGAUCUGUGAGCAAGUCAUGCUACUGACUUACUCAAUCUUCCCAGUCAAAAUAUUAUAUGAAAAACAGAAUAUUUGACAUUUUAUUUGGCAACUAGAAUCACGGAAAUACAUUACCAAUAUCUUUAGACUAAUUGAUAAUAUAUCUAACUUUAUUUUAUAUGUAAAACCAUUUACUACUUAGUGAACACAAUAAAUUCAUCUUGAGUCGAGAUUGUAAAUGAAGACAAAUGGGCCUUAAAAAUAAAUUCGAAAAUACCAAUUUAUUUAUUUAUUAAGGAUCUAAUAAGUUUGAAUGUAUGCUAAUAAUUCCAUAUUGUACUAAACAUAUAAUAUUGAAUAAAUCUGUUAUUUUCACAGAUUGAAAUCAUGAGUCAGUUGAAGCUAGACCACCAUGGAAAACCUGGAAGCACUGAACGGC